GCCCGCUGCUGAACCGGAUGCUGGUGGCUGUGUGCCGUUGGAUGUCAGAUGCUGAGCGGACCGCGAACAGGAGCAAGGUAACCGUGUAAAUCUUGAGUGAAGACUGGCCGGGAUGAACAUGGUGCUGUGGCUGCUUGGAGCUGCGCUGCUGGCUCGGGCUGCCGGCUUCUACCUCCCUGGUCUGGCGCCCGUCAGCUUCUGUGAGCCUGGGAAAGACCAAGUUCCAGACUGCAAGUCGACCAUUGAGCUGUUUGUGAACAGGCUGGAUUCAGUGGAGUCUGUGCUGCCUUAUGAAUAUACUGCAUUUGACUUCUGCUCAGAGAAAACAGAGAAACGUCCGUCUGAGAAUCUGGGCCAGGUUCUUUUCGGGGAGAGAAUCGAACCCUCGCCAUACAAGUUUGAGUUUAAGAAAUCUGCGGUGUGUCAGAAGGUGUGUACCAAAACCUACGACACCAACAACCCAUCAGACAAAGCCAAACUGGACUUCCUCAAGAAAGGCAUGCUACUCAACUACCAGCAUCACUGGAUUGUGGACAACAUGCCGGUCACCUGGUGCUACGAUGUUGAAGAUGGACAGAAGUUCUGUAACCCCGGGUUCCCUAUCGGCUGUUACGUCACAGAAGCGAGUCAACCCAAAGACGCCUGCGUGGUCAAUGCUAACUUUAAUAAAAAGGACGCUUUUUACAUCUUUAACCACGUGGACAUCACCAUCCAUUACCACGUCGUUGAGCAUGAACAGCUCGGAGCUCGAUUGGUUGCUGCCAAGAUUGAACCCAAAAGCUAUGAAAACCCUAACGAUGACAGCCCUGAUUGUUCCGGAGAGCCAAAGUUACUGGAAAACAAAUACACAGGACAGUUCAAGAUCCCCUACACCUACUCUGUCAACUUUGUGGAAGACAAGAAUAUUCGUUGGGCGUCUAGAUGGGACUACAUCCUGGAGUCAAUGCCUCACACCAACAUCCAGUGGUUCAGCAUCAUGAACUCCUUGGUGAUCGUGUUGUUCCUGUCUGGGAUGGUAGCAAUGAUCAUGCUGAGGACUCUGCAUAAAGACAUCGCCAGAUACAAUCAGAUGGACUCUGUGGAGGACGCCCAGGAGGAGUUUGGAUGGAAGUUGGUCCAUGGAGAUGUUUUCCGACCUCCCAGGAAGGGGAUGCUGCUCUCGGUUUUCCUUGGCUCUGGAACCCAGAUCUUCAUUAUGACCUUUGUCACCCUUUUCUUUGCCUGUCUGGGCUUCCUCUCUCCGGCGAACCGCGGGGCUCUGAUGACGUGUGCGGUCGUUCUCUGGGUUCUUCUGGGAACGCCGGCCGGAUACGUGGCUGCCCGCCUCUACAAAUCUUUUGGAGGUGAAAAGUGGAAGACCAACGUUUUGCUGACAGCCUUCCUCUGUCCUGGGGUGGUGUUCGCUGAUUUCUUUGUGAUGAACCUGAUUCUGUGGGGGGAGGGGUCUUCGGCGGCCAUGCCCUUCGGGACCCUGGUCGCCAUAUUGGCUCUGUGGUUCUGUAUCUCGGUGCCACUGACCUUUAUAGGAGCAUACUUUGGCUUCAAGAAAGCAGGCAUCGAACACCCGGUGCGGACCAAUCAGAUUCCUCGUCAAAUCCCGGAGCAGUCGUUCUACACGAAGCCUUUCCCUGGCAUCGUCAUGGGAGGGAUUCUGCCGUUCGGAUGUAUAUUUAUUCAGCUGUUCUUCAUACUAAACUCCAUCUGGUCCCAUCAGAUGUACUACAUGUUUGGCUUUCUCUUCCUCGUCUUCAUCAUCCUGGUCAUCACCUGCUCUGAGGCCACCAUCCUGCUCUGCUACUUCCACUUAUGUGCUGAGGACUACCACUGGCAGUGGCGUUCCUUCCUGACCAGCGGCUUCACUGCCGUCUACUUCCUGGUCUAUGCCAUUCAUUACUUCUUCUCUAAGCUGCAAAUCACUGGACUGGCCAGCACCAUCCUCUACUUCGGAUACACCAUGAUCAUGGCUCUCAUCUUUUUCUUAUUCACUGGUACAAUCGGCUUCUUUGCCUGUUUCUGGUUCGUCACCAAGAUCUACAGUGUGGUCAAAGUGGACUGAAGGAUGCGGAUUCAUAACAGACUGAACGUGGCUGAACGCUGCUUUCUCCCUUUCGACCUCUGAAACAUUCAGCUCUGUCGAACUGAAUCGAACGUUCCAACCCUGAACAUCGCAGCCUCCUCUUUUUUUUUUUUUUUUUUUUUUUUUUUUUAAUCUCUUCAGUGACUCUGCCUCGGACAGGUGACAGCUUUCUUUGCUUCGUGUGCCUAAAAUGUUUGCGUGUGAGCAUGUGUACACCCAGUUGUAAUUAUUUUGUACAUACACUAUCUAUCUGCAUAUAAUCUGAAUGAAAUGAAUCCCGCCUGUACAAGCCUCUGCCCGAUAUGUGAUGCGUAGGAAGGUGCUUCGUGCGUGCGGUGAGCCACAGCCGGGCUCUGUCAGCUGUCAUGUAGGUUUAUGUUUGCAGGUGUAGACGUAUAGAGGUGUGAUGGUCUGCUUCUUCACAGGUUGUUCUCCAGACUUUUUCAGUACUUCCCACCUCUUCGUUCUUAAGGCUCCUUUAAGUUGCAGCUUCAGUGGGAGAGGUGCAGGUGCAGACUUCCUGCCAGUUAUACUACGACAGCUCCCAUAAUGCAGAGCGAUUUCAGAAAAAGCAUCGUGAUUCUGAUCAAACAGAAAAGUCCAGUCCCACCUUAGUGCGGCCUCUGUUCCAUCAAGAGAAACGCACGCCAGGGGUAUCUUGAUGCUCCGCUUGUCAUGAUACCUGCUUUAAAAACAAUAAGACACAGGCUAGUCACAGGCUAGUGGAACACAUGCUAGCUCAUUUCACCUGCUUUUUAUCAACGACCUCCAGUAAAAAAGUACAAACUGAGGAGCCGCGUCUUCUCAACCUGACUUCUGUCUCUUCACAGUUUGCUUUCUAGUCAUUAACCCACAUCUCUCUGUGCUGAGUUCACUUUUCCGAAGCUCUUCGGCAGAAGACAGUUAAAUCUCACAUCCGGGAUGCACUAAUGCGACAAAAUGCUUGAUCCACAUCUCAGGAUCAAGUCCGGGGGGACCAGAACCAGCAUCUGCAUCAAGAACCCACUGUCGCUCUGACCUAGAACACACUAACAUUACAGUGUGGAUCUCUGAAGUAUGCUUUUAUUUAUGUGUUUGGCAUGAACCAAAUGUGCAUUACAACAAAAAGAAGGGCACAACUUUAGGUUAGACUCACAUCAGAAAUAAUACAAAACUAAUGUGUAAAUAUUCACUAUACAUACAUGACUAUGACACACAUACAGCUGUGCUGGUGAACCCUUCUGUAAACAGUCACAGGUUCUCGUCCAGAUCCCCACCUUAUGUCCUCUCCUGUCCCUUCCAGCCCGUGUCCCCUGGGACUGAUCUCUCAUAGAGGUCAUAUAUGAAUAAAAUGUAUUUAUUAUUAUUAUUAUUAUUAUUAUUAUUAUUAUUUAGAUGUGGCAGAAUGUGGCCGAUGUUUCUCUUGUUUACAGUAAUUUUGCGUUUGCGUCGGCUGCAGCUGUGCUGACUGCGUGAGGAGUUUCGAAGAAGCGAGAAGUGAACACAGCAUGGAGGAAUGCGUGGAACUAAUUAUAAAGAAAAUUCAGCACUUUUUUUUUUUUUUUUAAAUAAGGUUCAAUGGACUGAAGAGUCUGAGAUCUCAUCACCUGGUCAACUCAUCAUUCCCUCAUAACCCCAGCAGUACACGCCACACAGCUGACGAUCACCAGACUUAAACUCACAUCUUUAGCGACAGAGGGGGAGGGGGGGUUGCCGUGUCAGCUGAACGCUUAUUUAUUCUCAGCUCCUAUUAGCUGUCUGACCUGACUCUGAUCUGUGACUGACUGAGAGGUGAAGCAUCCCCCUGUCUCAUCAUCACAACCAUGGAAACGCUUUGUGUAAAUAACUUUUUCUAAUGUAAAAAAUCGAGGAGGAGGAAACGGAACAAAAGGAGAAAGACGUGAGCGAGGGAGGCUUGUUCGUUACCACGGAAACAUUGUUCUAAUAUAUGUUUCAGACGUUUCAGUGUUAGUUAUCAGGUUGGUCUAAUAAUUAAAUUGGAUUUUUUUUUCCCCCUCUCUGCUCUCUUGAUUUAUGUCCUUACAUCUAAAUAUCACUGUAUUCAUAUAGUGGCGUUACCAUAUGUUUAUAUUUCAUAUGUUUGCAUUUUCACACUGUAUAUUCCCGGAGACAAAGAAAAACUCAUUCAUUCAUUCAUUCUCUUUUCAGCAUUGUGUCAUUGCCUCUGUCAUAAAUGAUCUUACAUCAAA